AUGGGUAGCCCCUGGAACGGCAGCGCUGGCCCCGAGGGCGCGCGGGAGCCGCCUUGGGCCUCGCUGCCGCCGUGCGACGAGCGCCGCUGCUCCACCUUCCCCCUGAGGACGCUGGUGCCGGUGACCGUCGUGUGCCUGGGCCUGUUCGCCGUCGGGGUGAGCGGGAACGUGGUGACCGUGCUGCUGAUCGGGCGCUACCGGGACAUGCGGACCACCACCAACUUGUACCUGGGCAGCAUGGCCGUGUCCGACCUGCUCAUCCUUCUGGGGCUCCCCUUCGACCUGUACCGCCUCUGGCGCUCCCGGCCCUGGGUGUUCGGGUCGCUGCUCUGCCGCCUGUCCCUGUACCUGGGCGAGGGCUGCACCUACGCCACUCUGCUGCACAUGACAGCCCUCAGCGUCGAGCGCUACCUGGCCAUCUGCCGUCCGCUGCGUGCCCGCGUCCUCAUCACCCGGUGCCGCGUCCGCGCGCUCAUCGGUGCUCUCUGGGCGGUGGCCCUGCUCUCUGCCGGGCCCUUCUUUUUUCUGGUGGACGUCGAGCAGGACCCCAGCAUCUACCCGAUCGUGGACCUUAACGGCACUGAGCAACACACCUUCUUGUCCAGCGUGCCGCCGCCCCUCUGGCCCUCGCGGGCGCCACUGUCGUCCCCGCUCUCUGGACCUGAGGCUGCAGCGGCCGCGGCGCUGUUCAGCCGCGAGUGCAGGCCAAGCCGCGCACGGUUGGGUACAUUGCGGGUCAUGCUGUGGGUUACCACUGCCUACUUCUUCCUGCCCUUCCUGUGCCUCAGUGUCCUCUACGGGCUCAUCGGGCGAGAGCUGUGGAAGAACCGAGAUCCACUGCAAGGUCCUGCCGCCCUGGGGCGGGAGAGGAGCCACCGGCAGACAGUCCGCGUCCUGCUGGUGGUGGUUUUGGCAUUUGUAGUUUGCUGGUUGCCUUUCCACGUUGGCAGAAUCAUUUACAUAAACACCGAAGAUUCCCGGAUGAUGUAUUUCUCUCAGUACUUCAACAUUGUCGCUCUGCAACUAUUCUAUCUGAGUGCAUCCAUCAACCCAAUCCUCUACAACCUCAUUUCCAAGAAGUACAGAGCAGCCGCCCGUAAACUGCUGCUUGCAAAACGGUCYAAACCAAGAGGUUUCUGCAGAAGCAAGGACACUGGGGGGGACCCUGGGGGAGACACGGGAGUUACAGUUGGCUACACAGAGACCAGUGCUAACACAAAGACAAUGGCCUAA